AACGUCAGCUCACAUACAGCGUCUACACACGGCGAGGGCGACUGCGCCCGAGUGCAAGACCAACACGCGUGGAGAACUUCAGGACAUCUCGGACAACGCUCACGUGACAUUCACUGUCCUUAAGUUGAAUUGUUUGGACAUAUUGAUUCCGUUAUGCUUUAACCGACAUUCGGACAAUAACAGAUGUUGUUGGUUAACGGGUUGAUAGCAAGAUAAUGUAACUGGAAACGGGAGCAUCCUUGAGGAAGCACUGAACAGGGAAUUCCAACGUUCAACUAUAUAGUGAGAUACCAGCACAAGAUACACCUAAACAACAGACUGACCAAGACUUCAUAAUAUGGGGAACUCGGCAGGAGUGAAGAGUUCCCCAACCCCAGUGAAGACCGAGUCCGACAACAACCCGACAGAGGAGGUGAAUCAGUCCAUCUCCCAAGCAAGCUUCUCGUCCCAAGAGGUAUCCAUAGAGCCCUCCGUGUACAAUGGACCCAGUCCCGACUGGAACAUCCACGACCGGUUCACGAAACGCUACCCCUGGUACACCUAUGAGAGGGCCUGGCCGCCAGCAUGGGAUAGAGAUGCAGAAUUCGGCUACUCAUCUGACCAUCACAAGAUCGGACUGCUAUUUGAAGAGCAAGCAAUGCUGGAGGUUGACCCACACCUGUUGGAGGAGCGCCUCCAUGUCACUGGGGUCAACCUGCACAUCAAGGAGAACACAGAGGCCCACCACACAAACCUGUACCAAUGCACGGGGGACCAGCGGACACAUCCUACCAGGAUGAAGCCAGAGCUGGUUAUCCGUAGAGGACAGGAGUUCCUUAUGACUGUGCUCUUUGACCGACCCUGUGAUCCUAAAAAGUCUGACCUCACCUUGACAUUUAACCUCGGUGAAGACUACAAGCCCCACACGAAGCUCAGCGCCACCAUGAAGGUGCAGGUUGGGGCAAACACUUCCUACAGCCGCGCCAAGUGGCGCGCUACAUGUGUGGGACAGGACGCCACCUCCGUCACCCUGGCGAUAUUCGUCCCCGCCACGACACCAGUCGGGGAAUGGGAGUUCAGUAUCACGGUAGUCGUCGACUCAAAGGAGGACUCCGAGGUCAUCUGGCAGUACACCCACAAUGAAGACGUCACCAUCAUCUUCAACCCAUGGUGCCGAGAGGACAUAGUGUAUAUGGAGGACGAGGACUGGCGGAAGGAGGCGGUUCUGAACGACUCCGGGCCCCAAUACUCGGGCAGCGUCUCCAAGAUGGCGGCAUCUUCCUGGUUCUAUGGCCAGUUCGAGGACGGCAUCCUUGAGGUGGCUCUGCAUCUGGUACGAAGGGCGUUCGGGUUCGAGGCUACCACGACCAUGGGGAAUGUGGCAAGGGUGGUCAAAGGUCUCGGACAAAUCGUUAACGCCCCCGAAAACGACGGCGUGUUGGUGGGUAACUGGAGCGGAGACUUUGAGGGAGGGACGCGCCCCACAAAGUGGAAUGGCAGCGUUAAGAUACUUCGUCAGUAUAUGGACACACAGGAACCUGUCAAAUACGGACAGUGCUGGGUCUUUGCUGGUGUACUGAUAACAGUUUGUCGGGCCCUUGGUAUUCCAUGUCGGGGUGUUACCUGCUACAACACAGCCCACAACGUGGACAUGACGAGCCUCAACGUUGACUACAUCCAGGUGAAAGACGAAAGCGGGGACUGGAGUGACAUCUCAGAUGACGCCGUCUGGUCAUAUCAUGUUUGGAGUGAGGCUUGGAUGAGACGGCCUGACCUUCACCCACAGGGAGACUACGAUGGGUGGCAGGUGGUCGACCCUACCCUUCAGGAACGUUGUAAUGGUAUUUACACGUGCGGGCCGUGUCCGGUGAGAGCCGUCAAAGACGGUGACGUUCGCGUAGACGGUGACGUCGGCUUCAUAUUUACGGAAGUGAACGCUGACAGAGUGCAGUGGAGAGAGAAUCACCUGACUGGGAAGCUGGUGGAGUGUGGACGGGACAAGAACAUCGCAGGUAAAGAGAUUAUCACCCAUCAGCCUACAGGGCGGGCCUACCGCGGGGCAUCAAUGAGGAGCUUCGGCGGCUCCCAGAAGCUUGAGAGACGCGACAUCACCAACACCUACAAAUAUGAAGAAGGGUCGAAAAGGGGGGAGGUUGUUCUUCAGAAGGUGGAGAAAGCCUUCCAGAGUCUCAUCGGUGUCAACAACAACAUCUACAACAGUGACAACGUCACCAGGGAUAGAGAUGACAUCAAAAUUGAAAUAGAAGAUAUCCGAGACGUCUUUGUAGGUUUCGACUUUCAAUUUUCGGUGCACGUGAAGAAUACAGGAAGAAACAUGCAUUGUGUCAAAAGAGUGGUGCUGAAAGUCUUGCACAAGACCUACUUUGGUGCCAUUACUGGACAGGCUCAAAGAAAAGAGUUUGAAUCAUUACAGCUGACACCCGGCCAAAGUGAGACAUUCAUCAUGAAAAUGGACGCCGAUGUUUCCUGGAUACGUGGAAAGGACGACCUCCACUUCCUCAUCCUGGUCGUGGCCGAAAUCGACGACGACGACGAAUACCCUGUCACAGAACAGAAGUCGUUCCUUCUACGACAACCCAAUAUAAGACUCCGGGGCCCCACUUCCUGUCAGGCAGAUGAAGAACUAGAUGUAACCGUGAACUUCACCAAUCCACUUCCGGUGACUCUCACAAACUGCCAGGUUGAUAUUGAAGGCAGUCUAAGUUGUCAACAUCCAACUCAGGACACAUUCGCUUUACCGUGAGUGCC